CACCGAAGCCCUGGGUGCCUCCCGAGGAGGGCUGUGAACUCCAGAGUUGAGAAAAGGGCUGAAGACAGUAGGUGGCCACGGGGUGGAGCCGCGGUGCGGGGCAAAGGACAGGGGGGACCAAUGCAGAGCGCCUCCGGGGACACCGUGGUGAGGCCCCCAGGGCCGGGCCCGAGGGUAGGAGGGGAAAGGCAGAGGGGUGAGGACGGAGUCUCGGAUGACCUUAGGUUUCCAUGGUAGAACACCAGAACACCCUAGAAGGUUUAACUAAAAGAAUGCUCAUGUUUGACCCGGUCCCUGUCAAGCAGGAGGCCAUGGACCCUGUCUCGGUGUCCUACCCAUCUAAUUACAUGGAGUCCAUGAAAUCCACCAAAUAUGGGGUCAUUUACUCCACAUCGUUGCCUGAUAAGUUCUUUCAGACCCCAGAAGGCCUGUCGCAUGGAAUACAGAUGGAACCAGUGGACCUCACGGUGAACAAGCGUGGUUCACCGCCUUCGGCUGGGAAUCCUCCCUCCUCCCUGAAGUUCCCACCCUCACACCGGAGAUCGUCACCGGGGCUGAGCAUGCCUUCUUCCAGCCCACCGAUCAAAAAGUACUCACCCCCCUCACCCGGCGUCCAGCCCUUCAGCAUGCCGCUGCCCCCGGUGAUGGCAGCUGCCCUCACACGGCACGGAAUCCGGAGCCCGGGCAUCCUGCCUGUCAUCCAGCCAGUCGUGGUGCAGCCCGUCCCCUUUAUGUACACCAGCCACCUCCAGCAGCCGCUCAUGGUCUCCUUGUCAGAGGACAUGGAAAACUCAGGCAGUAGCAUGCAAGUACCUGUAAUUGAAUCAUAUGAGAAGCCCAUAUUACAGAAAAAAAUUAAAAUAGAGCCUGGGACUGAACCACAGAGGACAGACUAUUAUCCUGAAGAAAUGACACCCCCUUUAAUGAACUCAGUGUCCCCCCCACAAGCAUUAUUGCAAGAGAAUCACCCUUCAGUCAUAGUACAGCCCGGGAAGAGACCUUUACCUGUGGAAUCCCCGGAUACACAGAGGAAGCGGAGGAUACACAGAUGCGACUAUGACGGAUGCAACAAAGUAUACACUAAGAGCUCCCACCUCAAAGCACACAGAAGAACGCAUACAGGAGAAAAGCCCUACAAAUGUACGUGGGAAGGGUGCACAUGGAAGUUUGCUCGGUCUGAUGAACUCACAAGACAUUUCCGAAAACACACUGGAAUCAAACCCUUCCAGUGCCCAGACUGUGACCGCAGCUUCUCCCGUUCUGACCAUCUUGCCCUACACAGGAAGCGCCACAUGCUGGUCUGAAAGCCUCAGUCUCCACCUCGGCGCGCUCCCCACCCUUCUGGCUCUCUCUGUCCUCCCUCCCAUUAUCUAACUCAUUUUUUACAUGUACAUUUUAAUUUUGGUUCAGCUGGUCUGAACCUCUGAAUUUAUAUCAUUCAAAACUUCCAUAUGGUCAGUAGUUGAUACUCUCUAAUCCUCCCCUCCUUAUCACGGGUCAGACCUAAAGAAUGUGAACACUUUUUUUUUUUUUCUGGGGAUGCUAAGCAAACCCUUCUUACAGAUAUGUUUAAUGUAAUGAGAACAAGGGAACAUGUAAACUAACAACCAAUUGUCGGUUCUCCAUGUAUUCCUCAAAAGAAUGUCAAAGUAAAUGUAUUAGAAAUACAGAAUCUAGCCUGCUAGUCCUUGCCAGAGACAUUCAUCCCUGUGCACCAUGAGCCCAUUUUACGCUCGGCAGCGAAAAGGUUGAUCCCGCUCGCCAUUAGCAAGACUUGCAGGAGGGCUUCAGGCUAGUGUAGUCACCAAUGCCAUUGUCCUCACACAUCUUGCAUCACAACCUGGACGAUCACCUCAUCUAAGUCUAGGCCUUUGCCCUUUGGGCCUGUAGUCCACACGGAGGGCUUUGCCACCACUAGGAGAUGAGCCAGAGCUGCUUAAUCAGGUGGGUGAUAAAUAGGUGCGAGGGGUGAACGCUGGACAUCCGCAGCGUGGAUGAGAGGCAGAAGGGCGGAGAACGGGCUGCAGAGGAGGAAGCUGCUGGGGAGAACACUGGGUUAGCCACACGGUGCUAACCAGAGAGCUUCAGCUACCGCGCAUGCUCAGCUGUGCACAGACAUGCUGCCAAAGCGAACACCAUGGGUUCUGCACACAGAGAUCUCCAUUCCUAGUCUUAGUAUGGACCAUCAAGUAUGGAGGGUAACAAAGCCACAAAAAUAUUUGCCCACUAGUAGAGUAAAAUCCUUCAGGGUAAAAGUAGAUGGGUCUUCCUUUUACCCAACUUGUUACAGAACUUCAUGAGCAGGGAGAUGUUGAGUGGUCCUUGUAGUGCCACAUCAAGGUAGUCACGUAGCUUUUACAUGAAAUGUGUGAGCUGUAAGGUGCCAGACUGGCUGUCAUUUGUGUUGGUGGCACACAUCAUAGAUGAGUAUCUGCUAAAGCUUUAGGUUGGUUCACAUAAGACCUGAGUAGCACUCUUUGUAAAUAUAACUAGGUGUGAAGCACAUAUACCUUUAUUUUGGGGGCAGAUUUCUGAAAAUAUAUAGAAAACCACAGUUCAGGGAUUUAUAUAUGUAGCUUGAAUGUUCCCGAAAGUUUACUUUGGAAUUGGUCACUUCCUGUCACUACUAAGUAUCCUGUCAGAAGAACAAACUGAAAAAAAAAAAGUGACUCGUGUUUUAUGUUGAAAAUAAAUAACAUUAGUAAUGGGGGAAGUUUUUCAAAAGCGGGCUUUUGAGCACCAUAGUCUAAAUGCCAGUAAAAAUAAUUCACACAGAAAAAUGCCAUUGGUCUCAAGUUAGAAGAAAAUGGGCAGUGGUGGUCAAACAUGGUUGCAUAUAAGCAAAUCCAAAUGCCCCUUCGCUCUGAAGGAUGGAGGAAGAGAGGAGUGGAAUUCUACAGCUCCAUCCCGGCUACAACUCAGGAUCCCGUACAACCCCAGCUGGGAGGAAUACAUGAUUUUGAACAUCAGCGAGCGAGCAAGGGACUGGAGGCCUGCAAAAUGCGUGGGGAGCUAACGCUGAUGGCGCUGUGUUAGAGGUGAUGGGGACUGCGCUCCUGCGGGGUCCCACUCGGCCCUGUGAACCAGCUGAAAGGAAAUGUAGGUGAGAAAUGGAAAGAAAUUCGUUAUCUUGGCACUUGGGUUUUGUUUUGUUUUGUUUUUUCUUAGCACUACAAAAUGUUUUGAGACUAUUAAAAUAUGCUGUUUGGGCUAUUGUUUUCUUUUGUGCAACUAUAACAUGAAUUGAGGAAUAGAAAUGGCUCUUUGAAAAGCAGGUGUCAUUUAUGUUGUCAGUGUUUGGUCGGUCCCAUCCAUGCCAAAGUGUUCGUGUCUUUUGAUUUCUUCCAAAACACUGAGGAAUUGUGGCGUGCAAGGAAUGUUUUCCUUUGGGUGGAGAUAGCCAUUCUCUAGUCCAACGCAUAAAGAAAGCGGGGCAAAAAAGGACUGAAUUGAUCUUGGAUUGAGCACUGAAUCUGGAGUGCAAUUAAUAGCUCCGUGGGUUCUCGUGAAAUGGGGUGUUUGCUAUGGUAUAUUUAAAUCUUGUUCAAAAGACUGCUAGGCUACUACUAAAUUGCUUAGGUUCUGUUAACAGUAAAUUAACAAAGAUCCAUUUUAACUCAGAAGCGACCCAGAGAGGCCAUUGUCUAUUCCUUUGCUGGUCUGAUACUUUUUAGUUACCAAUCGGCCCCUACCAAAUUUUCCAUAUUUGUAUUUUACUACGAUAGUUGAGAAAUUUAGUCUUAGACAUUUUAGCUGUCAUUGUGGAAGACCUCAGAUAGCAGAUAACAUGCCCUGAAGUUUGUGAUUUUAAUGAUGUGCCAUGUUACUAUCGAUGGUGAUUUAAUCACACUUAUUUUAAGUUUCUCAGAAUGAUUUGUAAACAUGAAGUUGGUGUCAUAUAAACUGUUUAUUAGAGAGUUUAUUCAGUUAUUGCUCAAAUGUCAUCUUGGUGAAGUCAUAAAAAUUAAAUCAGAAUCUAUCAUAUUUCAGAGUUUUGAAAUGUGAGUCUACAUCAUAAAUGGGCAUUAACAUUCUAAAUUGCUUGGUUUGGAGCAUGUAUUUGCAGCAUAGCUAUGUUCAGCAACGGAGAUGCUAAAUACGCAGCGAUUGCAAGAGCCUUGGAACAGAACUACGGAGGAACUAUAUAUGUAUAUGUAUGUUUUCUUCAACACCCAUCUGCACUAUCAGUAUUGCACUAAAGUAGAAUUUGAAAGACUAUUGCUGAUAUUGUAUAUCUGUCCAUCAUUCCUGAUUAGAUUGUUUUAAAGACAAUCUCAAAGAGCUAAGGUUUUAAAAUAAUUUGAUUUGAAAAUACAUAGUUGUCUUGAAGGAAUUGCCAUCAUACAUGAACUCAAGAGUUGUCUUUAUUCUCUUCUUGGUCAAAGUUAACAAUUUCUAAAUGAUUGCAAAUUCACUUAAGUAAUACAUUUACAAAGCCAUUUUACAUGCAUUAAACGAGGGCUACAACAUGUUUUACAAAUACUAGCACUUUUGUUUUCUGUUAUGUACUUAGUGUUAGAGAGUCAAAAUAAUCUUUCUGCUUAGCGUCUCUUAAACCAUACCUGCAAGUAUAGCAGGAUUAUUACAUUUACAGUACUUUAAUACUUGUAUAAACUAUGCAGAAAUUUUUAAUAAAGUGUAAUAUAUUUUAUAAGCUAAUAAGACUGAAUGGGUAAAGGUUUUUAGCAUGCGUUAGUAUACUUGCAAAUACUGAAACAUUUUGGUAAUCUUUCUUACUAAAGAUGUGAAUGUUUAAUGUUCCUUCUCUGUUUCUACUCUGUAGUCCAAUGGGAAUUGAGUAAUGACAUUUUGUCAUGUCAAACUGUGAACAUAAAUUUGUACUGUACAGUCCUCAUAUUCUAUAUACAGUAUGCAAUAUAUGUAUUAUAUACUUGUUAAUAAAACCAUCAGAAUACGAA